UCCCUUUUCCCCAUCGUAGUCCUUCCCCACGCCUCACGCUGCCCAGAUCCACGCCGCACCUGGCCGUCCAUGCACGCUCACCGUCCCUCCCUCUCUGCCUCUCCCCUGUCUCCCACCACGCCGCACGCCACCUCCGCCCUCCCCUCGCCCCCGCGUUGAUCCCACCGUCGAGCCCAGUCACCCCCCCCACUCUGGACGAGCGCCGCCGGUGGAGGCAGGUCACCAUGGCCGCCGCUGACCUCCGUUGUCUCCCCCAACCCCGGCCUCCACUCCAUCGUCGUUGCCCCUCCCCGUCUUGCCGUGGACGCAGAUCCGUUGGAGCUUCUCAGCCCGCGGUCAGACCCGCCCUCCCUCGACCCCUGCCCGUGCCGGAAACCCUAGCCUCCGGCCAAGGCAGCUGACAGCUGGGCGCAGGCACAGGGCUCGGCUUGACGACAAUGCUUCGUUCGAAUCCCUACUCCCCUCCUUCUCCUCCUCUUCUUCUCUCCCUCUCUGACCCCGUCUCGUCUUGUCUCUGUAGGCAGGCGACAUGGAGUGGAGCUUCCUCUGCUCGAGAUGCCAUGGAUCUUGUGCUCGUCAAGGUCCUUCUUCCUCCAGCACAAGGAAAAGCAGAAGCAUCCGCCGCAUCAAGGAAACUUCGACAGGGAGAUCCAUAGUACGGAGAAGGUACUACGGAACCCGAAGAAGGUACUACGGAUCCUCUUCAUCUAUGGAGCCCGAAGAAGGUACUACUGAGAAGGUACUACGGAUCUUCCUCUGCAGGGCCGGCAACUUCUACUACCCGCCCGAAUGGAGCCUGAAGAAGGGUGGGCUGAACAAGUUCCAUGGCCAACAUGCCCUCAGGGAGCUGGCGAGGAAGCUGGACCAGGGCAUGCUGAUCAUAAGCGAGGAACAGGAUUGUCAACACUGUUGACAACAUCAUCUCUUUCUCAAAUAACAUUUGUAGCAGAGCAGGCGGAGUAUCUGAAGCAUUUCAGGGCAGAUAACAUAGUUAAGGACGCAGAGUUUAUUCGUUGGCAUCUUGACCAGAUGCCAAGCCUUGGACAAUUCUGGAAAAGUUAUAGCUGACCCAUUGCUUUUAGUAGACAUGUUUCUUAAUUUUGGGAUAGUGAUACAUGAACUUAAAUUAAGGUUUUAGAUUAGUAUUAUGCUGCUGCUGAUGUGCUAUUUAUAGCUACAGUUUGACACUAUUAAUUAGGCUUGCUGGACAUGUCAUGGUACAUGCCUUGUUCUUUUUUAGCAUCAACAAAUGUUUAUCUAUUGUAAAGUACUAUUAAUUAGGCUUGCUUCCUUCUGUUAGUGCAUCUACUAUUAGUUACACUUCAAAUGUAGUGUAGAUUACAAUUGUAAUUCAAUAGUAAGUGUACUUAAGUAUCUUAGUGAUGUUCACAUGGUGGACUUAAGUAUCUUAGUGACUUCAUUUGAUGUGUUUAUUUCUGUUAAUUUUAAGCUUCUGUUGCUAUGAAAAUGUACCUCACUGACCAUCUGUCUAUUUGUUGCAUACUUCUUGCAUGAGGAGGUGACUAGUGAUGUGGCGCGCAAAGCAGCAGUAGGCAAGGGGGUCUCCUGCUCGAGGAGGCGGAGGAUUAGGGGUGUGCCCACCUAGCAGCCCUGGCAGCUCGUAGAGAAUUGUAUUUAUUGUUGACAAUGUUGUGUAAAUAGAAUACCUCAUUGUCUUUUGCAACUUAAUUUCCUUGCAUUUUCAACUCUGAUUUUGAACGAUUAAGGUUACUCCCACGAACAAAUUUGCUAAAAAUUUAUCACAUCUUAAGUGAACCAUAAUUCAUAUUUUGUUUACCUUUUUAGAUCUGUUCUACCACUUACAUUUAGUGUUGCCAUUGAUGUUAUUUGGUUCUGGCCUCAACAGUAGUACACUCCAAUGGUAGCUUCAUGUUCACUCUUUUACAUCAAACCUUUUUAGCUCUUUCUCAUGAUCCUUGUGGCAUUUAUUUUAGUCCAUGGAGCUGUUGCUCUAGUAGAUGUUGCUCUGCUUGACAUCUCACGGUCCACUGGAUCGGCUGUGACAUCUCAUAGUCCAUAGUUUACAAUCAGGUUUCUGCUUGACAGCUUCACAGCCAACAGUUACAUGAUAAUUCUAUAAUGCUGAAGCUAUAUUCCUAUCUGCUCAACAGUUACAUGAUAAUUCUAUAAUGUUGAAGCUAUAUUCCUGUCUGCUCAACAGUUACAUGAUAAUUCCGUAAUGCUGAAGCUAUAUUUGUUGCCUUUGUCUUAAUUUUUUUAUUCUGUAAUGAUGAUAUGAAAUGGCACGCAGGUCAUUAUUGGUGCUACUGUUGUGGUUGUCGAAGGCGUUGUUGCUGCAUCUGGCGGAGAUGCAGUCCGAGAAGGUCAAGGAUGAGAUCAUCCUCGAUGGCAACGACAUCGAGCUCGUCUCCCGCUCUGCCGCCCUCAUCAACUAGGAGCUCCAGUCCUAAUUUUUUUAGUGUGAAUCCGUGAAGCCAAGUGCGAAGCAGUGAAGCCGUACUUUGCAAAGAGUUCUUUUGGCUCUGUAGUAGACUAUAAAUUGUAAUAUUGUAAUGGAUUGUAAAAGGCUAAUGUAGUGUUAUUUGAUGAACUAUGUUUGUUCUCUCCUAUUUGAAAUAGUAGUUAUGUAUGUUGAGAAUAUAUGGAAACUUCACCAGUGGGACCCACUUAUGAAUAUAAUCUGAGCAAUUUUGAAAUUUGUGA